AUGGCAUCGGGGGAUGAUAGAAUUCCAGUGACAGUUUAUUACGAAUCCCUUUGUCCGGAUUCAAUAGCUUUCGUAACGAAUCAACUCGCACCCGCUCAAAGUACAAGAUUGAAAAAUUACAUGGACGUGCAAUUGGUACCCUACGGUAAAGCAUCACAUUCAAGAUCAGAGGAAAAUAAUCAAAAAUGGGAAUUCAAAUGUCAUCACGGACCUGUCGAAUGCUACGGUAAUAAAGUACACGGAUGCAUAUUGAAACAAAUACCGGAAGAAAACGAUCAAUUCAAAUACAUCGAUUGUCUCAUGAAACAAGCCAAAGUUAUGAGAAACCAAUAUCCGUUGAGUCCGUGCAUUGAGGGUGCGGAUUUAACGACGGUUACAUCUUGCGCCAACGGUACGUACCCGAACGCAAUGGGUGCAAAUUUAUUGGCGGCAAACGGUGACGAAACGGCAAAAUUGAAUCCACCCCUCACGUCAGUGCCGACGAUAGUCUUCAAUAGAACGUACAACAAAACGGAAUCGGAUAUGGCGCAGAAAAAUUUCCGUAAAGUUCUUUGCUCUUAUUUAGAAGGAGAAUGUCCGGUCGAAUGUUACAUAUCGUCAUCUAGUACAAAAUUAUUUUUACCAUCUACGGCCGCCAUCUUGUUUUUCAUAAUCCUUCGUUUUUUUUAA